CUGAUCGACAAUGGACCGCGCUGCACCACUUUCGUCAAGGCAGAGGAGAGUCCUGGUGCAGCUAGUGGAGGAAAGGCCUGUCCUUCAAGAUAGGUCAACCAGCACUGCGGUCCAGCACAAGAAGAACUUGGCGUGGGAUGAGAUCGCCAAAAACUUCAACGCCAUGCACCCUGAUCUGGAGCCGCGAUCAGUUCAACAAUUGAAAAGAAGUUUCAACCGCAUCAAAUUGAAUGUGAAAAAGGAAGAGAGAGCCUACAAGCUGAAGGUGAAGAGGACUGGUGGUGCCCCUCCUCCAUCACCUCCCAAGUUUACAGAAGAACAUGAGACUGUUGCCUCCAUGAUCUCUGGAGAACUCAACAUGGGCGAGGAUGUCUUUGACACUCUUGCCAUUCAAGAUGGGCAUCCAGUGGAUGAGGCAGGCACUCCCAUCAUGGAUGUUACUUUCACUGUGAGUGGAAAACUGCCACCGACAGAGGUCCCCUCUGCUACUUCUGCCGCUGAAUGUGCUGAAGCACCUGCACCUCCUAGUGCUUCUACAUCUUUCCAGCCAGAAGCUUCAUCCUCUGCAUCCACUGCACCAUCACUAACUACAUUUACAUGUAAUGUGGCCUCCUCUUCUGCUGCCCCACGGCAGAGGAGGAAAUUUGAUGCAGAGUACCAGGCCUGUCGGAAGCAGCAGGAUGAGUAUCACCAACUCCUUCUUCAACAGACCAGAGAGGAGCACGACCAACAGAUGAAACUGUACCAGUUUCACAGGGAGGUGUUGCAGCGGCAGCUAGAUGUCUUCACGGAGACUUGGCAUCAUAUCCGUGAGGCAGCAGACACCUGCAAAGCCAAAUUUUGGACAGUUUGGGAAUGCCGGAGAGUAACAUCCAUGAUGGGAUUGCCUGCCUCAUCAACUGCAUGCCCAUCUUGUAUUGUAAGAGUGUCAAGGACACACUCGCCCAUACUGAGCUCUCCAGAAAUCAUGGAGGCAACGGCCUCGUGUUCUUCGGAAAGCUUGGGAGGUGAUUGA